UAGCCGGGACGAUAAUUACUGGACGCCGUGAAACAGCAAUCGGCAAACCAGAGAGCCUUCAUUGAUCUUCAAUGGAAUGAUGUGCUUUCUCCCACUUCCCUUUCAUACUUUUUGUUUGAUUAAGACCAUCACAUCAAACAAAACCUAACCUCCAUAUUUAACUCAUUCGAAUAUUCAUUUCGUCUACACAAUUCACCGUCCUCCUUCUAGAUUUCUCUCCUCCGGAUACAAUGCCAGAUCUCAAUUCCGGAACCCAGAUCUCGUUUUCCCAGGCUUUCUUGUGCAGCGCUUUUGCUGCUUGUUUGGCCGAGUUCUGUACUAUUCCUCUUGACACAGCUAAGGUCAGGCUUCAACUCCAAAAGAAAGCUGCAGCUGGCGAUGGAACGGGCAUACCUAAAUAUAGGGGCUUGCUAGGCACAGUUAAAACUAUUGCUAGAGAAGAAGGCUUAUCAGCUUUGUGGAAAGGCAUUAUUCCUGGUUUACAUCGUCAGUUUUUGUACGGAGGCUUAAGAAUUGGGUUAUAUGAUCCUGUCAAAAUACUUCUUGUUGGUAGUGCAUUUGUUGAGGAGAUCCCCUUAUACCACAUGAUCCUUGCAGCUAUGUUGACUGGUGCUCUGGGAAUCAUGGUUGCUAAUCCAACUGAUCUAGUCAAAGUAAGACUUCAAUCUGAAGGACAAUUGCCAAUGGGGGUUCCUAGGCGUUAUUCUGGUGCCAUGGAUGCUUAUUUUACAAUUGCGAGACAGGAAGGAUUAGGGUCUUUGUGGACUGGGCUUGGGCCUAAUAUAGCACGGAAUGCAAUUAUAAAUGCUGCUGAACUAGCUAGUUAUGAUCAAGUGAAACGGACAAUUUUGACAAUUCCAGGGUUCACAGACAAUGUCUUCACCCACCUCCUAGCUGGCUUAGGUGCAGGUCUCUUUGCUGUCUUCAUUGGUUCUCCGGUGGAUGUGGUGAAAUCAAGAAUGAUGGGAGAUUCAACGUACAAAAACACUCUUGAUUGCUUUCUCAAGACAUUGUUUAAUGAGGGAUCUUGGGCUUUCUAUAAAGGUUUCUGUCCUAAUUUUGCUCGAGUGGGACUUUGGAACGUGAUUAUGUUUUUAACUCUUGAGCAAGCCAAGAGAUUUUUCAGGGGACCGUUAUAGUUAUUCUCAAUGAUUCUGAGAUUUCACUAAGCAGACAAACUGCCCUCCCGCUUAUGGUCUUCAACAAAUUUGUUCGGUGAAGGCAGCCUAUUUUAGAUUUGUUUCAAAUCUUAUAUUUUUGCCACUCGGCGCCUAGGUUUAUGUGAGCGUAUUCUUAUUUCUUAAACAUCGAACAGGCAGCCUAUCAUAUUUACAUUUGGGCCCAAUAUUCUCUUGUUAAUGCAUAGUCAAUUUGGGGGGGGGGGGGGGGAGAAAAUGGUGGACUCAAUUGACACGCAUGUCUCUCUUUCCUUGUUAGAGGUAAAUAAAUGGUGAGAUAAAGAAAGUGAUUGUGCAACAACUGGAGAAUUCAGGUUUAUGUAUUAGAGGUAUGGUGUAUUAUUAUCAUUUUUCUAUUACUGGGGAAGAAGCUACUUACUCCCCCAAUUUGUUGCAUAGACAGGUAAAAUCAAAGCCUGUGGCCCUGUACCUGUAUGAAAGAAGAAAUCAAUAAAAAGUUGUUACUCUCAUCAUG